UAAGUUUUUUUAAAGAACUAGUUCUGGGUUCCAUAUUAAAUUUAUUUGAAAAAUUCCGUUUAGCAUAGUUUCCAUUAAAAUUUGAGAUAUUUUUACCAAUUUCAUCAAGCUCAGAAUGUGGCAGAUCAUGUUCUGAGGGUUUCCAUACAGAUACUUUAUCCAUAUUAUAGAGAACAGACAAGAGCUUAUAGUAAUAGUUCAGAAUAGAAUAAUAUUAGGGUGUAAAACACAGUGUAAUACAAGUGUAUUAAUUAUGGUAAGGUGUAGUGGGUAAAAUAUUUUAGGGUACAAAAUUCAACCACAAAUUCUACUAACAUAUUUAAUGAUAAAUUAACACAUUAGUAUCAUUUUAAACAGAAAAUUGGAUUAAUAGAAGAACGUGGAGUUGAAACACUAAAAUUACAUACUAAUUUAAGGAACACAUCGGAAAAUUAGAACAAUAAAUCUAAUUAUACAAAAAUUUAUAGAUUUAAAUAAACUAAUACACCAUAAUCAAAAUUGCAAGUGCUGAAAAAAUAUUUUCAGUAUGUUGUGAUCCUUUCAUAUAUAUCUCUCAAUUUCUCCUUUUACAUUAAUUUUUUAAAUAUAAAUUAAUAAUGGAUAAAUCAAUUCUUGAUAAAAAACUCAAAACUUUGGGAUAUGAUCCACCGGAAGAUUACGCGACAUCAUUCGGUGAAUUGGUAUUAAAAUUAGAAGAAGAACAAAUCAAACAUUACACCGGAAAUAAGCUUGAAAAGUUUAAAUCUUCAAAAGGCUCAGAUUGGAACAAACUACUGAAAAACUACUCAGAAGAUUUAAAGUUGAAUCUUCCUGCUGAAUUUUAUGAUAAAAAUCAAUUUUCUGACGAAAAAAAAUUAUUUUUACUAAAUAAACUGUUAAAUCUAUCAAUUUCCAGCCUUUACAAUCACACCUCAAGUGAUUUGGAAGACAAAUCUUCUAAUUCAUCCACAAAUCAAUCAUUCUUGCGUGAAUCUGACAAAUUAGUAAUAAAUCAAUUAAAUUUGUUUUUGGAGGAACUUGACCUUCCAUUGCUGAAUUCUGACAGUAAAUCAUCAGAAGUUAAAUCAGCACUUGAACUUUACUUAAAAUUAAACCACAAACACGCUGGUGAAAACACACACAAUCAAAUCCAGGAUGGCAAACUUCUAAAUAAUUUUCUAAACGACUAUUCGCAAGGAUUAAAGGAUAAUAAUGAUUUUAUUCACCUUCUAAGAUCAUUAUACACUGAUGAUUUGUGUAAAUUACAAUCUGAAACUAUUUGGAUAACAAAGGAAUUUUCUAAAUUACUUAAGCCAUAAUUUUAUAAUAUACUGUA